AGACUACAAGCUAGAAUAAAAGUCAAACAAACUUCAUCCUCCCAUGAUUCACAAUUACCAAUAAUUCUAUUAAUACUUAAUUAAUAUUUCUACCUACUAAUACUUUCCUAUAAAUUACUUCUAAUACCACUUUAUUUCAUCACAUAUCCAUCCUCCAAACCAUCAAAAAAUGGCUAACCCAUCUCAUUUCUCCCUAUUCUUCAUCUCCCUAUUCCUUCUCCACCCUCCUUCCAUAUCUUGCCAUAACUCCACCACCUUAUAUUUCUCCAAAACCACUUUUUUCUUAGACUACCAAACCAUGCUCAAUAACCUCAAAAUCUUCAUCUACCCACCACCCAUACAAUCCCAAAAAUUACAAAAUAAUAAUCAUUCUAACUCCAUUUUCUCCCUUUUUCAUAACUCCCUUCUUUCAUCUAACUUCAUAACUCAUAACCCUAAUCAAGCUACACUCUUUUUCAUCCCUUUUCCUCCUUUACCUAGAAGAUCCUUAGCCCACCACCUUGAACACCUUAAAGCUACCUACCCAUAUUGGAAACCUUCCCUUGGAGUUGACCAUUUUUACUUCUCUUGCAAUGAAGUGGGCCCUAGUUUUAAUCGAGAAAUCGUCGAAUUAAAGAAAAACUCUAUUAGGGUCUCAUGCUUUCCUUCCCCGGCACGUGAGUUUAUCCCACAUAAAGAUAUCACCUUUUCUCCACUCCUUUCACUCCCACGCGCCUUGGAGCGUGUUCCCACGCGCUUCCUAGGGUAUUGGAGGUUUGCUAAGGUAGAAUCGAGUGUAGGGUUGAUCAACGCGCUUAGGAAUGAUCCCGAGUUUUUGAUCGAAUCAGAGCUCUCGAGUGAGGGGGAGUAUUUAGAGGGUGUGAGGAGUAGUAAGUUUUGUUUGUUUGUUUAUGGUAAUGUUGAAGGAAUGGAAGGGUUGACUAUUGCGUUGACUCAUGGGUGUGUUCCGGUGGUGAUUACUGACCGUCCGAUUCAAGAUCUUCCUAUGAUGGACAUUAUUAAAUGGCACGAAAUAGCGUUGUUUGUUGGGUCAAACAUGGAAUUAGAUGAACUCAAGAGCUCGUUGAUUAACACGCGCGAUAAUGGUAAGUAUGAAAAGAUGAAAAGAUUGGGUGUGGCGGCCACACGGCAUUUUGCAUGGAAUGAGUCUUCACCACAGCCGUACGAUUCGUUUCAUAUGGUGAUGUAUCAAUUGUGGGUUAGAAGAUAUGCCAUAAGAUAUGCUAGUUGGGAAGUGUAAUCGAUCACUAUGAUCAUCAUGAUCAUAUGAUCAACAUGAUCACUAUGAUCAAGAUGAUCAUAUUAGAUAAUCAUAAAAAAAUAUAUGCAAAUUUCUUUGAUUGGUUAGAAUUGGAAUAUUCAAGAAGUAGAAAUGCAUCAACCAAUAAGGUUUAAUUUGAAUGGAGGUAGGCAUGUGCAUAUUGACUAGUUGGUAAAAUAAUAUUCCUACUCUUAUUGUAACUGAAUUUGAGGGACUUUUUUUUCCUUUUUUGAGUUGCAUAUUUUUUGUUGUUGUUAAUAUUGAUAUUUUAUCAUUAUAAUGUCAUUAUUAGUAGUCAAUUUAUAAA